AUGCGGCGUAGUCCUUGUGCUGAUUACUUCACAUCUCUAAUGGCAACCGCCGGUUUUGUUCGAUGCCGCGGUUUGAGUUCUAGCGGCCAAACAAACACCACACAAACUGUACACGUUCUCCAUAGCCUAUACCGUCGGUUGCGGAAGGAAGGUGAGGAACGAAAGAUGCUGGAGGAUGCCCUCUCCGUUAACCAACUCGAGACGAACAUUCGUAUCGGAUUACGUCUUUUGCAUUGCCACACACAGCUGGUGGAUUUGAACAGACAGCUGAAGGAGUUACCCUUUUGGCGGCUAGUGAGGCGAAUGUCACUUGCUGUUGCACGCCGUUAUUAUGCCUGGCGAAUUUUUUCUAUCCGGCUUCGAUUGCGUAGCACAACGGCGAUUAGCAACGCCCUGGUGUACACGCUCUUCCUAGUGGUUUGCUUUAUGCUCUACGAGAUCUAUUGCGUUUGCCGCAUUGGGGUGACGCGAGCGGAGGAUCGGUACAAAUCAUUAGCCGUCCCGAUAGUACAGACGUUUGAAGCCCUCGAGGAGGCGGCACGGCGACGAAAAGACAUCUUGUUGAAGGAAAUGGAGGGGGAUAUAGUUCGGCAAAGGAAUUAG